AUGGUCCCCCCUAAUGAUGUUCCACCUGAAGAUAUUUGCCGCGACACCAAGAUUGACAUGAGAAGAAAACUCCAAGACCUUCUCUGUGUGAACAUAGACGAUCUCCAAGAAAAUAUCGACCAAAUCAGUAUCAUGGACAUCGGCUUCCACCAUAUCUAUCAUUCCAAAGGCACUUUACCAAAAUACGACGCGCGUUUCGACCUCGCCGACGCCAUCAUCAACAACUUCCGCCAAGCUCACGAGCGCUGGACGCUCUGCACGUCUACAUCCUUCCUGGUGCUGAAAGAGUACGCUGACGACGAGACCCGACCAUGCAUCAAACACGAGUACUUCGGCAGCCUGCUGCUGAAGACGUGGGAUAAUCCUAGGUUUGAUAUCAUUAUUCACGUAAUGUACCCAAUCAAGGAUAUGAACAGCUUGUCGCAGGUGGAUUACUUAUGCCGUGCUUUUAUAUUUCAGCUCGGUGUCGCAGUCCUCGAGAAAUACUACGAUAAGGAGCUGCAAGAGGGAUUAGUCAAGGCUUUCGACAAGUCCCACAAGCCACGCUGGCUUGCGGUGCUAAAAGAGCUCAUUGCUCACUUAGAGCGCUGUGCGAUUGGAAAUCAGAAGAUUCGCGUAUUUGUUGAGUUGCAUGGAGCGGGGACGGAUCAGACUGUCAAAUUGGUAAGCACUAUGUUAGACUUUAGGUGUGACGGACUGUCUCCUAUAUUUCAGUUCUUGAUUUCGGGGCUGGGAGCAGAUAGGGUGGCGAAGGAAAAUAUGUGGGAGACGGUUGAGCUGCUGUGGUUGGAAUAG